GGUGAGGAGGAAGUCAGUGCCCCUUUGACCCUGUCUUGUGGUGCCAGGGCAGGAUUUGGGGGGAUGUCCUUGGCCUUCCCUCUGGGCCGGAGGCAAAUCCCCUGCCUGUCCUUCUUCCUUCCUGCCCCAGGCCCCGAGCUGAGGACAGAGAGCACGGAGGACAAAUCCCCCCGGCAGAGCCUGGUGGGAGAGGCCGUUUUGAAGGGCUCCCUGGUGCAGGAAGGCAGCGGGGAGGAAAAGGCCCAGAGAUGCCCCCGGAGGAGGGGCUGCAAAGCCAGCCCAGGGAGCUGUGAGGAGGAAAGACCCGUCCUGUGCCAGGAAGGCGGCCGGAGCUUGAGCUGGAGCUCCGAGCUGUUGGUCCCUGAGCAGCCUCCCAGCAGGGAGAAGCCCUUCAGGUGCUUGGAAUGUGGGAAGAGCUUCAGGAAGAGCUCCAACCUCCUCAGCCACCAGCACAUCCACACUGGGGCACGGCCCUACACGUGUGGAGAAUGUGCAAAGAGGUUUCAGACCAGAUCGCAUCUCCUCAGGCAUGAGCAGACACACACAGGGGAGAGGCCCUUCCGCUGCACCGACUGCGGGAAGGGCUUCAACCAGAACUCCCACCUCGUCACUCACCGGCGCAUCCACACCGGACAGAGGCCCUACAAGUGUGGGGAGUGUGGGAAGAGCUUCAGCCAGAGCUCCAGCCUGAUCCAACAUCAGCUCAUCCACACUGGGGAACGGCCCUACAAGUGCUUGCAAUGUGGGAAGAGGUUUAGGGGCAGCUCAACUCUCCUCAGGCAUGAGCAGACACACACAGGGGAGAGGCCUUUCCGCUGCACCGACUGCGGGAAGGGCUUCACCCGGAACUCCACCCUCAUCACCCACCGGUGCAUCCACACCGGGGAGAGACCCUACAAGUGUGGGGAGUGUGGGAAGAGCUUCACCCACAGCUCUACCUUGACCAGACACCAACGGACCCACCAGUAAGAGAAGCCCCACGAGUGCCCCGACUGCGGGACGAGCUUCGGCCACUGCUCCCACCCCGAAUGACCCCCCUGAUGGUGAGGCAACCCCUGGAGUCCAGUGACUGUCAGUCCGUCCCUUUCUACCAGAAAGGGCCAGUCCCCUUUGCCAGGGGCAGGUUCUGCCAACAGAGCCCUUCUUGGGGUGUGUGGAGAUUCCUGCCUUGGCUGGGGACCCCCAAGGUCAGUGCUGGAGGUUGAGAGCAGAGAUCUCCCCACGAGCAUUGUUCUGGGGGAGUUCCAUCCAUCUCUAAUUCAUAAUUCUUGCUUUGGUGCCAGUUUGAGUAGAAUUGCUUCAACAAUUGCUUUAGUGUAGAGCACUGUCCUAUCUUAUUCUCUAUUAGUGGUAGUUUUAGUGUUUCUAUUGUGCAGUAAAUAAUUCUGAUGAAGAUCUUUUCUCUGAUCAUUUGUUACCCUAAAUAAUUCAUUUCUAUCAAUAGAUAUGAUUUGCCACCCUUAAAACCUGGGGGACAAAAGUGGUUCAGUCCCACCUCUGUAAUUCCUCUAAACUGAAAGUGUUGGCAUAACCCAAGGCUGAGAUUGGAUCCAGCAGCCCCAGCACCCCACAGUCAGUUGGAAGCUCAGGGAGCCACCCCCUUUUCCCAUCACCCCUCAGCCCAAAGGCCCCCAUGGUACAGUCAGACUGUGUAGACCACCCCCCUUUUUCUACCCUUCUCCCUGUUCCUCCCACUUUUCCAUGGUCUCCUGUUACAAUCUGCUUAAAUACUGCAGAAAGAACUUGAGAUUCAAAUAUUCCCUUAAGCAAAACUAAAACUCACACAAUUACACAAUUUAUCUGUUGAUACCAAAAACUGAUUUUUAUUAAUUGCUAAGAGAUGCAAAGAAAAAGGAAAAAUAGGAAAAGGUUGGAAACUGCUAAGAUUAUUUCUAGAAGCAGAAAAAAGAUAUCACUGAAAACUUCUUUUUCCCACUGAGCUGGCCUGUGUGUGGGGGAAGAGAAGCAGUUUCUGUCUUUUUUUUCUCUGUCUCUGCAGCUUUUGGAUGUUGUCUCUGUAGCUGCAGGGGUCUGACAGCUUUAGUUCUCUGCAAUGCACCAUGUGUGGUUUCACCACUCACGCCCCUGUCCCAGGCUGUGCAGGGUCUCAGCUCAGCUGAAGCUUUGGGCCCUCAGAAAUAUGGUCAGCGUAGAAGGAUAAGGUAGAACUCCCACAUGUGGCACGGUGGUCUCAGCUCUCUCCAGGCCGGCACAGUUCCAGGCUCCGGUGGCAGGCAGGCAGCACGCGGUGGCGGAGAAAAGGUGAGGGGAGGUGGGCAGAGAUUCUCGGCUACAGUCACCAGUUCUUCUCCCUUUCCUCUCCCUGAUUUUCCAAAAUUUGUCCUCAACUUUUCUAGUGUUCACAGGAGGUUGAACAUGGUUUCUUGGCACGUAGCCAGUUCAGAUGUUAUGAGGAGAUAUGAUAACCAUAAACAUAUAACAGGAUUUUUUGGCAGGAAAAGUGCCGUGGGAAGUCCUGGUGAGAACUUCUUUCAGAGAGCUGACAGAGAAUGUUUGAUAGAAAGAUUUUGACAGGCAGAAACAAUUUUUGGCAUUUCUGUAUUAUCUGUGUGUUACAGAUGGUUGUCAUGGUAAGCGACACAUCAAUAAGAAUGCUUAAUGGUUGCCGUAUUAACCGCCCCUAGCAAUGUAAAUUCACAAUGGUUGCCAUGGUAACCGAGAUAACAAUGAGACUGCAUAAUGGUUGCUGUGGUAGCUGACCAUAACAAUGAGAAUAAAUAAUAGAGUCCAUGGUAAGCGACAUAACAAUGGGAAUUGCCAUGGUGACCCAGGUAACAAUGGGAAUGCAUAACGGUUGCCAGGGUAACAGAGGUAACAAAAUGCAUAAUGGUUGCCAUGGUGUAAGGGGGGGUAGUUUUGAUUCAGGUGAUCAAUGGAGCAUAGAGGGGUGAGAAAGUGAUUAUAUUCACAUAUGAAACCAGCCAGAAUAUUGUAGAAUGUAACUUUAUGGCACAAGUUCACUGUAGGGCCCAUUGUGCCUUUAGCAAAGUUAACUGGAUGUCCCCCAUUAUCAUAUCUGAGUUCCUCCUUGGCUUGGCUCCACCCUGCAAGAGAGAUACAAAUCCCCUUGGAACACAAUGGUACAGGUCGUCCAUAGGGCUGAGGAAGGUGAUGGAGAGGAAGAUGAUGUGGGCAGGGGUCGUUGGCCCCUUGCCCUACAGUGGGGCACGCCCAGACUGUUGCCAUGAGGUGAUGAACGGGCGCUGUUUGGCUGCCACUCAAGCACCACCUUCUGCUGCAUCCUGGCCCUACGCAGUGUAAUGUAGAGCUGAUGGAAUGGGGUGUCAGCACUGCUGGGGGGAGCAAUGCUCAUCUUUCCAUCCACACUGUGCUGCUCCACGGGGACACUCGCCCAGCACGGGCACCGACCAGCCCUGCAGACCCUGGUAGGCCUGGGCUGUCUGUGCAGGUGAGCACAGUUUAUUGAUAGGAAGCAAGAGGCAAAGCAAACGUUUUAUAUCCUUUUUCUUGUAUCCCUUUAAUUCCCUUUUUACUAGCUAAUGCUGUAACAGAGGCUGUUCGUGGUAUUGUAUGAAUGCCAAUAGAUAAAGUAGGUUUUUUGUAUUCUUUUUAAGCUUUUGAUUCUCUUUGCUAAUAGUUCUUUUUACUCUCACUGCAACAAAAGAUAUUUUGUAGUGUUUGAAUGACUGUUGUAUUUGUCUUUAUUCCAGACGUAUUCUUGUGAACCUGGUACACACAGUGAUGUCAUGGUUGUCCCUGUGAUGUCACCAGUGUCACUGAUGAUGUCACAGGUGUCUCUGUGAUGUCACCCUUGUCCUUGUGAAGUCACCGAUGUCCCCAGUGAUGUCACUGAUGUCCAUGUGUGGGGUGCUUAGCUGAAAAAAGACACAGUAUGGACAAACCAUAUGAAUUGGCCUCAGUUAGGCCUGCCCCUGACAUAGCCAGAAGCCUCUUUGCAGGCAGUGGAAAGAUACAGGAGCAGUGAUAACAGACUGCAGGAAUGUAAACAAAGAGAAACCUGGGACAAAAACGAGGAGGAGUUUUAGGAGAAAAACAACGUCUUCAUAUCGCGUGGACAUCUGUGUGCACCCAAUAGUGUGUCAGUAAUGCAUGCUCGGUUCGUGGGUUACAGCAAAUAACCAAUAGUUUGAAAGUGAUCACGCCCCAGGGGGCAGUGAAAGUAUAUAAGAGAUUGGGUUGUGUAAAUAA